AUGGCCCUCCCCCUCCCAGAAUGCUUCUCCCAAAUCCCCCGGCAUGCAAUUCUCUACCAAUCCCCAUCCCCAAUCCACCCCCUGCCCACACUUUCAAGACUAACACACCCCCGCAUAAACCUCUUCGCCAAACGCGAAGACCACUCCUCCCCACUAGCAUGCUCUGGGAACAAAUACCGCAAACUAGAAUACAUAGUCCCAGACAUCCUCUCCAACAAACCCAUUCACCACGCCCACGAGAACAACUUAACCCCAGCAGCACCUCUCCCAGGCCCAGCAACGACCCUCGUAACAGAGGGCGCAAUCCAAAGCAACCACACCGUCCAAGUCGCAGCCCUGGCACGCAUACUAGGUCUCAAAGCUAUUGUUCUGUUACACCGCGGUACGGGCGGUGGAUUACACGCGGCUGUUGAUAAAGAGGCCUAUCUGCGCAGUGGGAAUGUGCAGGUUAAUCGUCUUCUCGGUGCUGAGGUGCGGGUCUGUGAGGAAGGGGAUCCACUUGCGGAUGAUGCGACGCCGCUGCUUAAGGGGUUAGCUGCUGAGGGGGAGAGACCGUAUUGGAUUCCUGGGGGUGCGAGUUUGCAUCCGCUGGGGGGGUUGGGGUAUGCGCGGGCGGCGUUUGAGAUUGCUGAGCAGGAGGAGGGGAUAGGGCUUGGGGGGAGUGGACGGUUUGAUUAUGUUUUCGUUGCUUGUGGGAGUGGGAGUACGGUUGGAGGGUUGGUUGCUGGGUUUAAAUUGUUGGAGAAGACGAAGACGGGGAGUGGUUCGAGGAGGGUUGUUGGGAUAUUGAAUUCGCCGACGAAGCCGAGGGCGUAUCAUGAGGAGAGGGUGCUUGCUUUUGCGCGGAGGGCUGGGGGGAUGGUUGGGCUUGAGGAUGGGGAUAUUGGGAUGGAUGAUGUGCGGCUUGAUGAUCGGUUUGUUGGGAGUGGGUAUGGUGUUUUUGAUGCGGAUACGAAGGAGUCAUUGGAGUCUAUGGCGAGGACAGAAGGCAUGGUACUGGAUCCAGUGUAUACGGCCAAGGUUGCGAGGGGGAUGAUGCAUUGGGUUGAAGAAAGAGAAAUCGUGAAUAUUCAGCAGCCCUUGGAUGAAGUGAAUGUUUUGUUCAUUCACACCGGUGGGCAAGCUGCUCUAGGAGCGUAUGCAGAUAUCAAAUAA